AUGAGGCCUAGCUGGGCUAUUAGCCUAUGUCAACUAGGCUUCAGUACUUUCUCAGAAUCUCUCAUUUCUCAGAACAGAUUAAUUACAGUAAACCGGCCGCGUAUCAAUCAUCAUCCUAUUUAUAAGUUGCAGAAUUCAAAAAUGGUGCGCUGGGAAGGAAAAUAUCAUAACGUAGACGGCACUGGGAAUGUCAAAGACCCUCUACUCUUUUUGAUAGUCAACAGUCCUAUUCAUACAGCAAGUGCUCGUGGUUCCCAUGACCGUCUUUUUUCCAUACCCACUACCUGGAUGAGCGACGACAAGUCGACUUUUCUACAUCCACCAAUGGAUCUGAAGGUUGGAGGAAUCAAUUUUUGGGACUGGAGUUUAAUAACAUUGAAAAAAAGAAGGUUUCCGGAAUCCAGCUGGACCGAGCUUCAAAUUUCCGACUUAUUAACAGAAGUUGACUUCCCAAAUACAUUUGAAGAUUCGAAAAAUGAGAUCUCGUCCAUAUUUGAAUCUCUCUCCGGUGGAAUCAAUUAUGAUUUAAAAGAGUACUACAACUCGGGAAUACUCCGAAGCAUAAAACCAACAGCCCAGGAAACACCAAAGCCAGUGGAGAAGAGGAAAAACCAUUAUGAAGUUGACUUAGCUUCUCCUAAUCAUGGACCUUUGAGCAAGAGAUUGGAUAACACGUCCACUCCUAUAAUGCCGAUCAAAAAUUUUCAGAAUCGAAUGGCUGCGACAUUCAAUGCUAAUAGUAGCGACUCAGAAGAAGCAGACAACGAGGAUUCUCAGUUUAUUGUCAAGAAAAAUCCAAAGGUGAACAAGAGGGUCUCAAAUCUGCUGCCAAAUCAUAAAACAUUGUCACAUAUCAAUAAUUCAGGCGACUCGGGUAUGUCAUCAUAUUUCGCUGAUUUAAACGAUCGUGAUCUUGAGGAUAUAGGUGAUAACAUUCUAUUGGACUUGAAUGUUAACACUUUAACCUCGGCUUUACCCAAAGAACCGUCGGUGAGUUUGGAUGACGGAAACUUGACAACUUACCAAAAACUCCUGUUUGCUAAAUUAGACCUGAUUAUAAAGGGGUUAAAUAGUUUGCAAACCGAAAAAACACGCAAUGCCGUUAUUUGUGAAGGGAAUUUAGUCAACUUUACCAAGACUUUCACUGAUUCCGUAACUCUGCCUUUGAACGAUUAUUCCGAACUAGUCGGCUUAGAUUUGGCGCUUGGAAGUGUCGAGCUUUCCGUCAGCAUGGUUGGAGUAUUCGUCCAACGCUUAAGAACUUACAAUACAGAAAGCGGAGUUUCCAAAAAGUUGUGGAGUUCUAUUUUGUCCGGAACGUUGGCUAUAGGAAUUACAUGGAAAGUUAGGCUUAAUGAUGCCCGUCCAGCUUAUGGGCACAUGAUAAAUCUCGUUGCCGUCUUAGCUGUAAUAAUUCAAUUGAUUAUGGAAUCAACAGAGAAGACCCCAAUUACAACAUUGAAGAUGAUCAAAGUUAUCCAAGAUGGGCGCAGAAAUGUUGCCUGGUCUUUCAAUACAAAAAUGGGAAACAAACAGCGUAAAGACCCCGUUCCAAUGCGGGAGAGUUCUCUCAAAGAUCAGCUUGACUCUGAUACUGUCACCAAAAUAGAUGCACGGAUUACAAAAAUUACAAAAUCCUUUAAGACGUUUGGACUAAAUUAAAUCAAAUUAUGUCCCACUGUGUUUCUUUGUUUCAAUACAUAUUUGAAACUGAA